UGGGAAUCGAGACGCCAGUGAGGCCGUCUGAGCGCGUUUCAAAGUGGACUAAUCUGAUCAGACAAUACACUGUAACGGCACUGUAGCUGACGCAAUCCAGCCUCUCUCAGUAGUUGUCCCGCUUCUUCCGCGUCCGUCUUUCGUCAAAGCAUCUCCUCUCCUUCGCAUCCCAACUUUAUUGUAUAAUUGCAAUUUAUCAAAACUCAAUCAUUUGACUAUUAUAAUAUCUGGCGCGCGUCAUUUCCAUCACGAUGCGGUCUGCUCUCGCUGUAGCCUGGCUGCUUCCCACGGGCGGCCUGGCGUCUGUUUUGGGCGCUAACCAGCAAGUGGUUCUCGCGCCUCCAAUUGAUAGCGAGCCUUCUACCCAUGACUGGUGGACUGAGAAUAUCGCAGCCUUUACGUCUUCGGCUCAAGAUGUCAUCGAUUCUGUCACUCAAGCUGCUGCUGGCACAGAUACCCGCCUCCGCAACAAGGUCUUGUCCGAUCUCAAGUAUGUGAGCGACAAAGUCAACAGCCAUCUCUUCUCUACAGACAAACCCGAGACGGAGGAGUCGACUAUCUAUGAACUCAUUAGCAACCAUCCAGAGACAUCCAAGUUCGCCGAAUAUGUCUCCAAGUUCUCUGAUGUCGUGGACAUACUGAACAGCACCGACGCCAGCAACACUCUCUUUAUCCCAACCAAUGAAGCCUUUGAGCAUAUUCUUCCCCACCGCCACUGGCCCGAAGAAUAUAUCAAAGAGAUAAUUAAAUACCAUAUUGUACCAGGAGAGUACAGGGCGCGAAAGGUUUUGUCUGCGUACACAUUGCCAACUCUCCACAACGAGCAAGCUCUCGGCAAUGAACCUCAGCGUCUAAGACCCAGUGUUGGAUUUCGAGGAGCCAAGAUUAACUUUUACAGCUCGCUUGUCAAAGCCGAUGUGAAAGCAAACAACGGUGUAGUCCAUGCGGUAAACCGUAUCCUUGUCCCUCCCCCUGUGGUCGGCCUUAUCUUGACUGCCUUGCCAUCUCACUUCUCGAGCUUGCUUCUUGCCUAUGAGCGUACUGAUUUUGUCAAGUUUGUUCAUGGCCAGAAGAUCGCUGGGUCGACCAUGUUCGCACCCUCUAACCGUGCGUUCGAGAGACUUGGCCCCAAAGCAAAUGACUUCCUCUUCAACAACCCAGAGGGCCGCAAGUACCUGAGCGCGCUGCUUAAGUACCAAAUUGUACCCAACAUCACGCUAUACAGCGACCACACUUAUGACAAGCGCCAGACCAAGGGUCAGCUGCGCAUGGCUGAGCACAAUGAGCUCACCACUCUGUUGGAUGGUGCCUCCCUUGGGGUCGAUACCGCCAGAUUCUUGGGUUUAAUUGUGAUCCGCGUGAAUGGAUUUAUUGACGUCGCUGUUCAUGAUGUCGUUUCCAAGAAUGGAGUCAUUCAUCAAGUAGACAGAAUGCCCCUGCCGCCGCGCAGAAAGUCAAAGGGCUUUUUUGCGACCGAGGAUGAAGUUUCCAUUGAUGACCUCAAGGAACGUCUAGAUGAUUAUCUAUGAUCCAGUGCUUUUUCCUUCCAUUUUUGGAUGAUCUGACUAUAUCGUCUUAUUUAUUGUACUGAUAUACGCAUUUAUUGAUACAUAUUUCACUCAAUGCCGACUUUACUCUGACACUUCGUUUAUUAUCUGACAAAAUUAUAUGUAACAACUAAUCAGAAUCAAAAAAAUAUAUCAACCAUUGUCCUGCU